ACAAAAAACAUCACUGGUGAUGAUCGCUAUCCGAUCAAUAUUAUGGGCAUGACGGGAAACACAAGCAAAUUCGACAAGAAAUAUGCCAGUAUUUGAAAGACAACGAAGAGACAUACAAAUUCUUCGUGGAAGACGAUCAAUCCUUUGACAGCCAUAUUAGUAGUAUGACGCAGAAUGGAACUUUUGGAGGAAAUAUGGAAUUGGUAGCUUUUGCAAAACUAAAGCAAAUUGAUAUAAAAGUCUACCAACCAGGCAUGAUUUAUGUUAUCAACGGGAAAGAUGAUGAUGAAGAUAACAACAAUAUUUCAGAAGGAGAAGAAGUGGCGAUAAGACAACAUAUUUUACAUAUAGCUUAUCAUAGCUGGGAACAUUAUGAUUCAGUGCGAAAUAUUGACAGACCCCAUACUGGUCUUCCAGAAAUAAAGACAAGCCUAUCAGAACAUAAAGAAACAGCUAGUGAUGAAGCGGAACGAGGAGAAGAUGAAGAAGAAUACAAGAAUAUGAGUUCUGUAGAAAAAGUAGUUAGAAAUGCCUGUCCUGACAUUAGCAUUUAUAAAAUUCGACGGCUAUUAGUGAAAUACAAAGGAAAUCCAGACAAAGUGAUAGAUGCAAUUUAUGAGUUAGAGAAUAACAAAAUUGGCAAAGAUAUCGCUAUCGAGACUAGUAAGGAAGACAAAUCAUUAACAGCUGAUAGGGAAGAAGACGAGACAACAGUUACCAAAACUGAGCAGUUUAAGACAGCAGAUUUAGACCAAGAAAAAGUUGAUAAAACUGAUAUUAGCAUUUCAACAAAUAAAGUGAACGAUAUGAAAUUGGAAUUCGAGAUUAUAGAAUCAACAACGUCAGCAUUAACAAAAGAUAUUCUGCCGGAGCAAAUCUUAGCAGAUCAACAACAGCAAAAUUCGACAGAAAUAAUUGUUGAAGGAGCUGAGAAAGAAGCCGAGAAGCAAAAGCAAGAAGGUGAUAAGAAAGGUGGCAGUCAAGCAGGAACAAAAGAUGAAAACCAUCUUGAGCAAAACGCUGCUAAAAAGCCAUCAGCUUCAGAACGCAAAAGAGAAAAGAAAAAGAAGCAGAAAGAACAAAAGCUAUUGAAAGAAAGAGCGAAAGCAGCACGCAAAGCACAGUAUACGAAAAAAAAGGAAGAGAUAGAUUCAGUGUUGGCUGAUUCGGUGAAUGAUAAUACAUCACAAGUCAAAACAACAGCAAUGAAAGUAGUCAGCAUAUAGAACUCACGCUAUUUGUAUUUUAUUACCAUAUGCAAGAAGUUAUCCGCAUAAGCAAGAUUUUCAUAUGCCCAAACAAUAGGUGUAUCUAGUGGCACUUCAAUUCCAUGUAACAUAAUUGUCAGUUU